AUGCCUUUCGUCGAGAGAUUUCAACAAAUACGUAAUUUUGUUAUGAACGUCUGCCUCGUCGAGGCCAUCCAAUUCGUCCAGGACCUCUCGCACGCCAUCUGUCUGGACCUCCAGGGCCUAUUCAAUCUCAAGUAGAGAUCCCCGAGCGAUCUCCCAGCGCUCAUUUCAUCAAUCACCCAGAUACACUU